AGCAAUUUUUUAGAAAAGAAACUAUUUAGCAAGGUAAGGCUCACUGAAGAGAUCAGCCGGACUACUGUAUGAACCACAUCAUUUGAGCUAGGACAGAAAAGGGGAAUGUGUUUCUUUAGGAAGGUGGGAAGGGGGCCCUUAGCUUCAUUUGUACCUAGGUAAAACAGAAUGCAGAUGCUUGGCUAGCAGGCCCAGGACCACAAGAGCUGGCCUGUGAGAGCCACACAGGCACAGUAGAAGACUGCCUUGACAUUUCAGUUUGUCUUGGGGGAGCCAGCUGAGUGUGUUUGUUUGCUGCAGGUGAAGUACCACAAACGUCUUCAGUAUCCACCAUUAGAUGGGAUGUACAAACUUGGAUCAUUUUCUUUAUAUUUUAGAGGAAACAGAAGCACCCUGGUUGGCACAUUUUUUUUUUCAAUUCACCCAGUAGGGCUAGAAUUGUUGUGUUUCCUUUUAGUAUUGUGGCUUUCCUUAAAUCUCACCCCUAUUAAGGACUUGGAUUUUAUGUUCUUUUGUAGUGUCUCCCAGUUUUGACUGAGAACAUGGUCAUUGUAACUCAGGGGACCAGGCUGAGAGCUGAUUUAGUUUCCAAUCAGCUUUGGCCUUAGAAAAUGAGGGCAGGCUGGAUGGAAGCUUGGCCAGAAGUGUGUGUCCUCUGCAUUCUGCUGCCUGUGGUCCCUCGGGGAUGUACUUCACCUAACUGGACACAACUGUGCCUCAUCUCUUUGUGGUGACAGAGUAGAGUGCCUUUGUUCAGCCUGGCACUUGAACUGCAGGGCAUGCCCUUCUCUCUUCUCGCAGCUGUUUGCCUGAAGUAGCCAUCUGAGCCUGGGUUUUUUUCCAGUCUGCUCUCUUCUGCCAUCAGUCUCAAGACAUUAGAUAGGUCUUCAGUCUCCUGUCUUUGGCUAGGCCUUACCCUGUAGCAGUGAAGAGUUAAUCCACAUUGAUCUCCCGGGCAGGUCACACGCACUUCUAGCCACCCACCAGAGCUCUCUAGAUUCCUGAAAGAAAGACAUACAGGCACAUACACACAUACACACACACCGAUUUUUUUUAAUAUGCCUUACUAGCUCAAUGGCUGGGGACUUCCUGAACCUCUCCAUGGCUAGCACACACUCCCCUCCGGUAUUCCUGAGUUAACAUUUUCCAAGUCUAUAUUUUAUUUUUGCUGCCCUGCUUCCUUCUGGGCAGCCCUCCCAUGGGACGGCUUCCCCUUAGUGCCUACGUUUCAGCUGUCUCACCCUCCUCUCCUUCACAUGGUGGAAUCCUUCUUCUCCUCUUCUUUUUUGCCCAGGAAUCCUAAAAGUCUUUAACCCUGCCCAGCCAUUGGCAACUUUAUUUCCCAAUCAGUGCCAACUGGGGGCAGGCUUCCUUUAGCCUACAUGCAGGACAUCGUAAACAAGGUUUUUGGAGUAACACAAUUAGCAUGAGAACACAAGCCACUGUAUUACUCUUCCACUGGCAUCAUCCUUAAGAUAUGUGUAUAGGUGUUUUGCAUACAUGUAUGUCUAUGCAUGCCUACUGCCUGUAGAAGCCAUGGGAAGGCCUGAGAACCUCCUUGGAACUGCUGCUUGUGAGCUCUCAUAUGGGUGCUGGGAGUCAAACCCAGGUCCUCGGAAAGCAACCAGUGCUCCUAACCACUGAGCUGUCUCCAGCCCUCCUGACACCAUCUUCAUACAGGCUUCUAUUACCUCACACAUAGACACUGCCACAGUGGGCUUCAUAGCCCACCACAGAUAGCAUCACAGCCAUCAGUCUUUGGCUAUACAUAUCCAUUUCCCAUUCAGAAACCCCACUCCCUUCUCUACCGUAUCCAUUAUGCGUCCAGGACAGAAUCAAAACCAGGUGCUGGAGACCUCAAACUCAGACACCAGCCUGUCUCUCCAAAUCCAUCUGCUGCUGUCCUGAUGAGCUCAGCAAUGUUCAGCAUUUGCAUCUUCCCCUGUAAGGGUUCCCUGUAGAUGAUUUGGUCCUGCUUCAUCUCAUCUUGAUUUUGAUGGUUUGGUGUAUCUGCAAACCAUCCCUGGUCCUGUGAGAGGUAGAUAUCUCAUAAAUCUUAAAUAAAGGUAUGGCCUCACAUGUGCAAGUUUUCUCCCCUCACACCCUUCAAUCAAGUGCCUUCUGUAGUGUGAAGAAACUAAAAGUAGAGCCAAGUUCCAACUGGGACAUGACUGGGUACGGCUCCCACAGCAAAGUGUACAGCCAGAGCAAGAACAUACCACCUUCUCAGCCAGCCUCCACAACCGUCAGCACCUCCUUGCCAAUCCCCAACCCAAGCCUACCUUACGAGCAGACCAUCAUCUUCCCAGGAAGUACUGGACACAUAGUUGUAACAUCAGCAAGUAGCACUUCUGUCACCGGGCAAGUCCUCGGUGGACCACAUAACCUAAUGCGUCGAAGCACUGUGAGCCUCCUUGACACCUACCAAAAAUGUGGACUCAAGCGCAAGAGUGAGGAGAUUGAGAACACAAGCAGCGUGCAGAUCAUUGAAGAGCAUCCACCCAUGAUUCAGAAUAAUGCCAGCGGGGCCACUGUAGCCACUGCCACCACAUCCACUGCCACCUCCAAAAACAGUGGCUCCAACAGUGAAGGGGACUAUCAGCUGGUGCAGCAUGAAGUACUGUGCUCCAUGACCAACACCUAUGAGGUUUUAGAGUUCUUGGGGCGAGGGACAUUUGGGCAAGUGGUCAAGUGCUGGAAACGGGGCACCAAUGAAAUUGUGGCCAUUAAGAUCCUCAAGAACCACCCCUCCUAUGCCCGGCAAGGCCAGAUUGAAGUGAGCAUCUUGGCCCGGCUGAGCACGGAGAGCGCUGAUGACUACAAUUUUGUGCGGGCCUAUGAGUGCUUCCAGCACAAGAACCACACGUGCUUAGUCUUUGAGAUGUUGGAGCAGAACCUUUAUGACUUUCUGAAACAGAACAAGUUUAGUCCCUUGCCCCUCAAGUAUAUUCGCCCAGUCCUCCAGCAGGUAGCCACAGCCCUGAUGAAACUCAAAAGCCUGGGUCUUAUCCAUGCUGACCUCAAACCAGAAAACAUCAUGCUGGUGGAUCCAUCCAGACAACCGUACCGAGUGAAGGUCAUUGACUUUGGUUCAGCUAGUCAUGUGUCCAAAGCUGUCUGCUCUACGUACUUGCAAUCCAGAUACUACCGGGCCCCUGAGAUCAUCCUUGGUUUGCCAUUCUGUGAGGCAAUUGACAUGUGGUCCCUUGGUUGUGUCAUUGCUGAACUGUUCCUGGGCUGGCCAUUAUACCCAGGUGCUUCUGAGUAUGAUCAGAUUCGGUAUAUUUCACAAACACAGGGUUUACCAGCUGAAUAUUUAUUAAGUGCAGGGACAAAGACAACUAGGUUUUUCAACCGUGACACAGACUCACCGUAUCCUUUGUGGAGGCUAAAGACACCAGAUGACCAUGAAGCAGAGACGGGAAUUAAGUCAAAGGAAGCAAGAAAGUACAUUUUCAACUGUUUGGAUGAUAUGGCCCAGGUGAACAUGACAACAGAUUUGGAAGGGAGUGACAUGUUAGUAGAGAAGGCAGACCGACGGGAGUUCAUUGACCUGUUAAAGAAGAUGCUGACCAUCGAUGCUGAUAAGAGAGUCACUCCCAUUGAAACUCUGAACCACCCCUUUGUCACCAUGACACACCUGCUUGACUUCCCCCAUAGUGCCCAUGUCAAAUCUUGUUUCCAAAACAUGGAGAUUUGCAAGCGCCGGGUGAAUAUGUAUGACACAGUGAACCAGAGCAAAACACCUUUCAUCACUCACGUGGCCCCCAGCACAUCCACCAACUUGACCAUGACCUUUAACAACCAGCUGACCACUGUCCACAACCAGGCUCCCACCACCUCCAGUGCCACUCUUUCCUUAGCCAAUCCCGAAGUCUCCAUACUAAACUACCAAUCUGCACUCUACCAGCCCUCAGCGGCAUCCAUGGCCGCGGUGGCCCCGCGGAGCAUGCCCCUGCAGACGGGAACAGCCCAAAUUUGUGCCCGACCUGAUCCCUUCCAGCAAGCUCUCAUCGUGUGUCCCCCUGGCUUCCAAGGCCUGCAGGCCUCUCCCUCCAAGCACGCUGGCUACUCAGUGCGGAUGGAAAAUGCUGUCCCCAUCGUCACCCAGGCGCCAGGAGCUCAGCCUCUUCAGAUCCAACCAGGCCUGCUUGCUCAGCAGGCCUGGCCAGGUGGGGCCCAACAGAUCCUACUUCCUCCAGCAUGGCAGCAGCUGACUGGCGUGGCCACCCACACAUCUGUACAGCAUGCAGCUGUGAUUCCUGAGACCAUGGCAGGCACUCAGCAACUGGCUGACUGGAGGAACACGCAUGCUCAUGGAAGUCAUUACAAUCCCAUCAUGCAGCAGCCUGCACUCUUGACUGGUCAUGUGACCCUUCCAGCUGCCCAGCCCUUAAAUGUGGGUGUAGCCCAUGUGAUGAGGCAACAACCAACCAGCACCACCUCCUCCAGGAAGAGUAAGCAGCACCAGUCAUCUGUGAGAAAUGUCUCCACCUGUGAGGUGACCUCUUCACAGGCUAUCAGCUCCCCUCAGCGAUCCAAGCGUGUCAAGGAGAACACUCCCCCACGGUGCGCCAUGGUACACAGCAGCCCAGCUUGCAGCACCUCAGUCACCUGUGGGUGGGGCGACGUGGCCUCCAGCACCACCCGGGAGCGACAGCGGCAGACGAUUGUCAUCCCCGACACCCCGAGCCCCACAGUCAGUGUCAUCACCAUCAGCAGUGACACCGAUGAAGAAGAGGAGCAGAAGCACGCCCCCACCAGCACAGUCUCCAAGCAAAGAAAAAAUGUCAUCAGCUGUGUCACCGUCCACGACUCUCCCUACUCUGACUCCUCCAGCAACACCAGCCCCUACUCGGUGCAGCAGCGCACAGGGCACAACGGCACCAACACCUUGGACACCAAGGGGGGCCUAGAGAAUCACUGCACUGGCAACCCCCGCACCAUCAUCGUACCCCCACUGAAGACCCAGGCCAGUGAAGUGUUGGUAGAAUGUGACAGCCUAGGGCCAGCGAUCAGUGCCAGUCACCAUUCGUCCUCCUUCAAGUCCAAGUCCUCCAGCACCGUGACCUCCACCAGUGGACACUCUUCAGGGAGCUCUUCAGGAGCCAUCGCCUACCGUCAGCAGCGGCCAGGCCCCCACUUCCAGCAGCAGCAGCCCCUCAAUCUCAGCCAGGCCCAGCAGCACAUGGCUGCGGACCGCACCGGGAGUCACCGUCGACAGCAGGCCUACAUCACUCCGACCAUGGCGCAAGCUCCGUACACCUUCCCGCACAACAGCCCCAGCCAUGGCACUGUUCACCCCCACCUGGCUGCGGCUGCCCACCUCCCCACCCAGCCUCACCUCUACACCUAUACAGCGCCCACAGCCCUAGGCUCCACCGGCACUGUAGCCCACCUGGUGGCAUCCCAAGGCUCAGCACGCCACACCGUGCAGCACACUGCCUAUCCGGCCAGCAUCGUCCACCAGGUCCCUGUGAGCAUGGGGCCCCGGGUCCUGCCCUCGCCCACCAUCCACCCCAGUCAGUAUCCAGCCCAGUUUGCCCACCAGACCUAUAUCAGCGCCUCGCCAGCCUCCACCGUCUACACUGGAUACCCACUGAGUCCUGCCAAGGUCAACCAAUACCCUUACAUAUAAACACUGGAGGAGGCCCGCCAGGGAGGAGGGUGGAGGAGCUCCCAGACCGACCUGGAGAGCUGGGAUUUUCUACUGCAGGUGCCGCACACAAACAAUGCAAUGGGGCAGGGAGGGGGGCAGUCGGGGCACAAAUGAAACUUGAACUAGGAAGUGGGAGGACUUAGAGCGGAGAAGAGACCAUUGUAAAAGGAGGGGUAAGGAGGGGAAAUCUAUGCUUUUUAUUUUAAAAAAGAAAAAGGAAAAAAAGAAAAAGAAAAAUGUUAGUAACAAAAGAGGACAAAAAGAAAAAAACACAGCUCACAACCCAUUCUGCACCAAACCGGAAGGAGAAGAGGCGCGAAGGAGCCUGGAGCAAGGGGCCCCAGUUUUUUGAAGAACUUUAUGAACUUUUUAAAGAUUAUUUUCAUAUGGCAGCAAGUGACAUUGAAGAACUUGCUGUCAGGGACACCUGAUAUGGAAGUCCAAUAGAUUUUUAAUUAAUUGAACAUUAAAAUUAGGGAUUUUCCCAGAACUCCAAAAGGGCCAACAUCCCUUUCAAAUGUCAGGCUCUGUCCUGCAAAGGCUCAUAUUUGGGGGUUGGUCUGGGGUUGGCAAAGCCCAGUUCUGACUUAUUUGUCAGAAAUAGUGGGGUCAGCUAAACUAAUGGAAGGUUCCCCCAGAGGGAGGGCGGGUUCCUCUUUUGGAGCAUUCUGGAUAAAUCCCUAAGCAAUGUUAUUCCUCAGAUGUCAUUAAUUAUGUAUGUUGCAGUCUUUAGUUUUUUUCUUUUCUGAGACUUUCUUUUCUCUUUGGAUCAACCCCUAGUCGUGUAGCACAGGCUAGUGGUUGUCCUGGACACCCUAGAAGAAUGUAGCACUGCACCCUUGUUUCCUACCUUGUGUUCAACUCCAGUGAUACCAAUAGACUAGUCCUCACUGUAAUUGCACAAAGUGAUUUAACAUAGGCAUGGAACCAAUGUGGUAGUCCAGGUGAUGGAGUGAGUGUGCGAGCACGUGUGGGUGUGACCGGGGCUGCCACCCUCCCCGUGUGUCCCUUGGCACCGCCGGCCGUCACAGCCCUUGCAGUCUUGAUUUUACAUCAUUCCCUCCUAGUGCCUUAACGACUGACAGACAGAGACAUGGCAAAGGGUUUACUUCCACUGGUAUUCCAAGAAACUGGUCGGGGCUGGUCAGAUGUUCUCAGCUCUUGUGUAAGCUGUUGUAAUAUUUUACUUGGGUCUUUAUGUUUUUUUCAUUGUUUUAAUGUCACGUGGAUUGUCUUUCCUGGGCUCUUUGUGAGCAGAAGGAUUUCAGAGAAGCUCGCAUAAUGAAAAGGGGAGACUCAUGGAUCUCACAAGGGACGUGGGCGCCGUAUGGUGAGGCACACUGGUGACAGCUGGCUCUUUCGGUGAGUUUUACUUUGAGAGCGGAGAUCCAGAGAGACUCCUCACCCUGCCCUAGCUGUGCCAUGGAUGGCGCUAGGGAGUCUUAGGAAUGGCAGCUUUGCCAGGCAGCUGCCUCAGCCGCCAAGCCCACCACCUCCUUCUUAGAGCCUUACAGGGAGAGGGCAGGAGAUGUUACCUCCCCAGUCCCUCCCUCCUGCACGAAGCCUGGUAGUCUCAGACACACCCACAUCUCUCUCCACCAGCUCAGGAGCUAGGCAGGCUCCUAGUUUGGCCAGCUCUCUCCCCCUGCAGACCCACUGGUAAGUCUGCUGUCACUUCUGUCCUGAAAUUAACCUAGCUCUCCCUAGACAGUUUGAUCUCUGCCUGUGAGAGAGAGAAUGAGCUGAGGGCUGGAGGGGCACUAGUGGGGUGGCCAGAGAUCCAUUGCACUGAGAAAACACCGCCAUGGACAACUAAGGCUCCAAAGAAAUCCACCCUGAGCCUGUGCACCUUUGUUGCAUUCCGCAUACUUUCUCCAGCCUUGAACAGUGGAGUGAGUGGGUAGGAGUUCUCUGUCCUACCGAGAAACUCUGGAGCCGUUGAUGUUAGAGACUUGUCAGGUCCAGGACGGGGUGAAUUGUUUGAUCCUGAUGUGAGUCCUAGCUGGCCCUUCAUCCACAUCAUCAGGUACAAAGAGGCCUCUGGUCAGCAGUCCAGCAUCCUCCAGCCCCCCUCCCUUUCCUCCCUCUUUGGCCCUGUUCAAUCUACUGUGAAAGGCUCUCCUCAUGAUAGCUGUCCUCCUUCAGUAACGAAGCUUACUUAGCUUUUAGCUGUGAAAAACUCUGGAAACUUGCCCAACCAUUAAUUCUUACAAAGUCCCUAAACUGGAUGUGUCUCAGUGCACCCUGGGCCAAAAAGAAGAUAUGCUAGACUUGGGCAUGGUGUGACCCACUUCAGCCGAGGGCUCACUGGGAGUGGACUGGAUGAUGCUGGCCUGUGGUAGGGUGCUCCAUUUUUCUCUUCCUGGUCAGAACCAUAUUAUUCCGAGACCAGCUCUGGCUGGAAGUGAGAGAGCAGGAAAGCCAUCCAUUCGGAGAGGGAUACGGAGCAAAGCCUUUGGAGCCCCUGAGCCAGAGGCUCCCAGAGCCUCUGCAGCAUGGAAUUCUGUCACAGAAGUCUCUAGCCGCUAGAUGGCAGCAUUUCCCAUGGGACUGUCUCGUACUAAGUCACCAUACUAAGUCGCAGCUGACAGUGGGCCUGGCUUGCCCUGCCAUGGGCAACACCUGGAAGGCCAGCACUCUCUGGAGCUGCUGGGCCGAGCUUGCCCUUCAUCUCCUCCUGUCUGCUUGUGCUGAAGCUUCUCCCUCUUCCACAUGUCCUUCCCUUUCUCUUCCAGACCAGGAAUGAGUGUUCCUUGCUGCUCAUAAAGUUAGUAUUGUACUGACUGUUUGUAUUAUUGCCACUGUAAUUAUGAUUAUUAUCACCUUGUUGCUAUUUUAGUCAGGGUUUGAAGUAUACAUUUAUUCCAGGUAUCUUUGUGUUUUCUUCAUAAUAUUUAAAUUUAUUUUAUUCUUGCUGUGUGUAUAUGAGUAGACUGGAGGGACAUAUAGAUUAGAUGCCUGAUCUUGUCAGAGGAAAGGAAAGGAAAAAGAAAAUAAAUAAAUAAAAUAAGAAAAGGCCCAGGAACUAGGAAAAACUGUUUCUAUCAGCUCUGUCCCUCAAAGAGCUGCAAGAAAGACCUGCCCUACCACAGAGCAGAGACUUGGAUACCCUGGCGCCUUCCCCUCCGCACGGCCCGGCUGUGUACAAAGCCGCUGUCGGUGCUGUGUCUUUUGGACCCUUUGGCAGCUUCUCUCACAUCCUCUGUGCUCUCCUCCAGGUGUGAACUACUGACCAGAUUUUAACCUGCCUCGCAUCUGACGUGUAGCAUCAAAGCUUCCACUAACCCCCACCCCGUCCCUUCACUAUUCCCAUUAACAAACUUGGAGUGUGGCUUAUCUCCCUCAAUGCAGAGACAGUGGUCCCACCUGGAGGCCAUUAGGUACAGUGAGGGUGAUGGGCACAGUGUUCCUGUGAGAGAGUUCCCUCGUCUGCUCUUCCCCAGGCAAAUCCUCCCAGCUCCCAAUUGUAGGGAGCCAGGUAAGGAACAGGACACGAGACAGUCUCAUGGGAAGGACCUCUUCUAAAUCACUGGCAAGUGAAGUGCACAUGGGACCUUUUAGACCACCCUGCUUCUGAGCUGUGGCUGUGCCCUGCCUGCACUGUGAUGUGUGUGUGUGUUUACCCCACUACCAGGCAGAAACAACCAGACCCCCAGUGAAGAAAGGAUUGGAGCAAUAGCUUCCCCAAACAGAAGGCAGCCACUCUGCAAACCUCAUCCCACAACCACCCCUCCCUUGAUCUCAAGUCCCAUAUUCAGAGCUGAUGCAUCAGGAGUAACACAGAAUCCCAGCUAGUUAGCAUCCUCACUAAGUUCCCACUGAGGUGCUCAGCACUGCAUCCCUUUACAAAGAAGAUGGAAGAAAGGCUGCUGCCCUUGGGACUAUCCUCUCAGUGGAAGGAGGGCCACUUAGUCCUUACUAGACCAUGUGUCCCUGGUGCAUCCUCUGGGCCUUCUUUAAUGAAGAUAAACUGCUCGGCAUGAGGAUGAUGAAAUCAGCUCAGGUCUGAAAUCGGUCUGUGGUACCUUGGGACCCUCAGGUCAGCAGGCUGCUGCUGCUCGCUGGUUCUUCCUGGGCCCUGGCACCCAUGUCUCUGUUCGUGCGGCGGGUGAUGUCUUGGGAAAGUGGAUGAGGAGCAGGCCAGUAGGCAAGGCUUGUGGUAGUGCCAGUUAGCCCUGUGAAUGGAUGUUUGAUGUGAUUCAGAGGAAAAGGGGGCGAGUGGCCAGUGUCCCUGACUGUAUUGCGUUCUCCCCUUCCUCGUAACAAAGUUGUUUGCAGCUGUAAAAGCCAGCCUGGCUUGGUUCUCUUUGUCUAAGAACUGGAACUGAGCAGCCAGCGUAGAGCAGGUCAGGAAGGGAGGUUAGCCCAGCAGACAGGAGCUCCCUGGACUGCGUCUCAGAUGUUGCAAACACUCAUUUUGAACAGUGUGUGGUGGAGGAGUGGGUUGGGUGAUGUGAGUGGAGUUUACGUUCUUGGAAACCAGAGUGAGGUGCCUAGGAGGCUUAGGGAAGUAUUGCUGCUGGUUCAUGAUGAUGAUGGUAGCUGGGUCCCCACCUGCCCCUCCCUCCCCCGGGUUCUCAACAUCUGGCUAAGGGAGGGUAGGUUGUGGGCGUGGCUCUUGCUGGCCUGCCAUGUAGCUGCUAGGACAGAAAACAGAAAGAAGAUUGCUCUGUGCCCUCAGCUAGCAGACAGAAUUCCAUAAGGCAAGCUCUCCUUUCAUGGCCCAGCCUGAGACUGCACACACACACACACACACACACACACACACACACACCCCACCAGCUACUGGAUCACAGCACACUCCAUCCUGGGUCUCACAGGCUUUGCCCCUCACUCAUGUUUUUCCCUCUUAUUUGCUUUACAAAUUUUCAGUGGAGAAGCCUAAAGAUUAAGCAAGCCUGAGAUGUCCUUACCAAAUUGGAAAGGAAAGGAAAGCUGUCCCUUCCUAUAGCCAAAGAACCCUCACAAAGACAUCUGGAGAUGGACAGAUGCAUUCCCUGGUCCUUUCUGGGCAAUAUGACUUCAGUGACCUUCCAUUUACCUUACCUUUCUAUCCUGCCUUUUUUUUUUUUCAUUGCAGUUAUUUCAAAACCACUCAUCUUCAAAGAGGAGUGGAGUAGUGGCCCUAAAUGUUGCUACUCCAAGGAACUGAUAUCCCUCUAGCACUCCUUUGUGAUUAAUUGAUCUCAUGCUACUGUGGGAAGCUAGAAAACAAGCAAGCAACCUUCUCUGAUGACCCCACACUGUAUCCCAGGCUGAGAAUGUGUAGGACGGGCUGGCAAUGGCAGUAUCGGCCCACUUGCCUUAGUCUCCACAAACAGACCCAGACAAGUCGGUCAAGCCACUAGAGAACCAAAGAUGGCAAGAUAAGGCUUAAUUGCAAAAGGAACCUCAUGAACUUUGGCACUAUGGCUCACUGUAGUAACCGCCCGAGGAAAGGUUUCCCGAGUCUUUGGGGUAGCUCCUGAGAAGUAGCUCCAACCAGAAGCUCAGAGCUGCCAGAAAAGAGGUCCUGGAGGUUCCCUGUCACAGAACCUCCAUGCUGCCUGACUUCUAAGCUAGAACCCCUCCCUGCCCCAAUCCUUUGAGUGUCCCUCAUCACAGACCCAUCCAGGAGAGCAUUAUACUAAUUGUCUCUUGCUGCACAAGAGCAGUGUCCCUCAUGGAAGGACUCACUGACAUUUGUUGAGUAUCCACACACAAUAUGCCAAGCCCUUUCUCCAUGUCCCCUCAGAGAUCCAUCCAUGGGAAGAAGUCAACACCCACUAUGUGACAGAUAGAAAAGCUGGCCCUCUGAGGAAGUGGCAUGUGUGAAAGGGGAACACGAUGCAUCUCAGAGCCCCCAGGUUCUGGUUUUCUUAAUCCGAUGUUCCCACUCCCUGUAUGCCAAACACUGUGCUAAGAAUUGCUGACGAGCCCUAGGACAGCAGCCGUGCAGGACCUGUGCAGAGGAGGCGCCUGGCUUGCAGACCCCGGGGCCUGCCCAGGCCACCUAGCUAAUAAGAAGGGAAGUCAGAUAUUCUGUCUACUUGGCUCUAGAGCUGAGCUCACACACCAGCCUCAGCUGCCUCCCUUGUAUAACAAGGACAGUCCUUUGCAGAAUGUCACACUCUGCCUGCCCCCGUGUGACAGUGGACUUCAGCAGGUAUGUGCAAAGAGGGUUCCUGGAUUGGAUGCAGGUGAAAGAGGCAGAGUUUGACGUUAAGAAAAGUCUCUGGGGAGUUCCUCGGGAUUCCUGGAAUUCCUGUUUCUAGCAACUAGCUUUAGCCACUCAGGCUGCUGCAGCUCCCAUGAGAGUGCAGGGAAGGUGUUCUUUCUUUUAAAUAAAUACAUAAAGAUGAUUUUUUUUCUUGCUUAUAGUUAAUCUUAGGAAGGCAAUACUAAAAGUAUAUAUUUUUUUCCAAAAUGCUAUUUUUUACUGUACUUGAUAAAUAUCAUGACAGCUCUGAUCUCUGUAAUAGGCCCGCUCUUCAGCUCUGCACAGAACCGGAAGCCAGGUUCAUGCCAAAUCUGUAAAUACCAUGUGGGUCUGUGUCCAGGAACUUCUGUUUUCUAUGAAGAAACAGACAAAACAAAAAACAAACAAAAAAAAAACAAAAACAAGAAAAACCCAAACAAACAAAAACAAAAAAGGGGAGGGGGUAAAGGCAAGAGGACUUUUGGGAAGAGAACAAAAUUGAAUUUUCUUGCAGGAAACACCCUUCUCAAAGAGAAGGACAACAGCAAAAAUGGGCAGAGCAGCCGCAGAACGGGAGGAGGAGGAGGCGUCGGUGGGGCCCAUGGCGGCCCUGGGGUUGAGAGUGCUGUGCUAGAAGUUUCAUUUCACCUAAGAGAUGACAAAAAUCUAGAAAUGCUUUAGGGCUAGGCUUUAACUUCUUCAAACUCUGUUUUGGGUGGGUUUCUUGUUUCUCUUUUCUUGUAAAAAUGUCUGUACUGACUGGCUCCAGGCUUGUUUGCCUAAAUUCUUAGGUGGUUUACACAAGUUCUCAAUUCUUGUAGAACUUUAAAUCCAUUGGAAGCAAACCCAGCCAGUGUAGAUCUGAGGUCCUGGCUGGUGUCAGUAGGUGUUCUGGAACUCAGGCAGAGCACCUAACAAAAUCUUCAGAAGGUUUUAGCUACAUUAUCUUACACAAACUGUGACCCUAAUGGCAAUAAUUACCUCAAAUGUGGGCAUUCGUCCUGGUCUAGCCUUUUUUGAAAUCAUGUAGCCAGCUUGAUCUUGUGAUUUAAAAGACAAUGAAUUGUUCCCUGUGGGCUGAAAGUAAGGAUUGACGCAUACCCUGGUCACUGUUGCCUAAGUGAAUUCUGAGAAUAAAAUUCUCAUCAUUACACCAGAAGUGAAACCAAGAAGAGAUGAUGAUGUCUGCGUGUCAUAAUCAGCAUGCUGUUCAAGUGCACAGAGCAUGUUUCUCUAGGUAACGUGCCCUCUGAGUUCUCCACUAUCAAGUAAAUGACACAACUGACUGUAGAUACUCAUACAGACUUCUGGCUACAUUUUAUAGUUAAAGUAUUUUAUAGUUUACAUUUAAUCUGGUACUUUUUAAAAAGAAAAUUGUUUAUAACUGACAUCUUCAACCACAGCGAUUGACUGACUCUUGUUUUAGAAGCUGUCUCCCCAAGGCAGGCAUGUUCCACUCAUGCUGUGCCACAGCCUGAUGCAUGUGUUUCCCUUAUUGUUGCUUUCCAGUGAACCUGAAAGAAUGUGAAAGGAAGUCAAGAGGGAAUGGGAAAGGGCGAGUCCUGAACCUGGGCCAUCCGCAGAGUCCGGUGCCGUGUGCGCCAGAGCUUGGAGGGGCGGUGAGACUGAUCCCCGCCGCCUCACCAACACUGUCUUGAUAUGAAUGCUUCCUUUGUGACCGGGCCACUCACCUGGCAGUAGGUGAUGCCGGCACUCAGCAGCUCUGCAGGUCUGGAUGCUGCUCCUGGGUCCGCAGUGAACCUUGGUCAGCAUUUUGAGAGGGAGAACAAUACCCCUGUGCCCAUGUUCACUGGCUGGAUUUUCCACGUGUUGCUGGUUUUGUCAGUUUUUUUUUUUCUUUAAAACAAACCCCAUGUAAAAUAAUGUGUACUUUAAUUCACCCAUUGCCUGGCUAAGAUGUGAAACUCAGUUCAGAAGAUGGCUUCAGAGCCAAAGGGCAGGGGUGGGCAGUGCGGGAUGGUCCUGGAGACAGAGGGCUUUGCAGGGAUGGAAGCAGGCUUCAGAGACAUGAGCAAGAGAAGACAGGAAAUGUCAAUUUCCCUGACAGUUUUGUAAGGUUUGGGUUGGGUUUUUACUGGGGUAUUUUGUUAUGUUGUGUCUUUACGACAGGUUCUUACCAUGUAUCCCUGGCUGGUCUAGAACUCACAAUGUGAACUGGGUUUUGUUUGGUUUUGGUUUUCUCUUGUGCCACCACUGAACUGUGGAGGACCCGUGGCGACCUGUGGUGACUCCUCACCGCCCAUGUUUGGUUUGCGCUCACAGCAUGCUCUUGUGUAUGUUGAAUGUCCUUGUAGAAUGUUGUUCUCACGCUUCUUAGUCAUAUCCUAGGCGUGUGCGUGUGUGUGUGUGUGUGUGUGUGUGUGUGUGUGUGUGUGUGUGUGUGUGUGAUUUGCUUUGCACUAAUAAACCAAAUGAAUUUUGUCUCAUUGUCUUUGAAGCUAACCCAUGUUUUUAAAAGUGAGAGGUAUGGAAAUGGGCUUUUCAUUAUUAUUUGAAAAGUAAAUUCACUGUAGCAUAAAAAUAAAAAGGGCUCUGCUGUCUUCUCUUUAGUUCCCUCUCAACCAAUUUCCAAAUGACUCUCCUGGCCCCAUCCCCACCUCUGGCUCCCCACCGCAGAUCCAUGCUCAGGCACUCAGGACUCCCAGAAAGCUCAGCUCUGGGAGCCAUGCCCCUGCUCGCUGCCCGCCUGCCCGCCCGCCCGCCCGCCCGGCUGUUGGUCCAUGGAUUGCUCACGCUGUCAGUACUCUGGCUCAGGUUAUGAGGAAGGACGUGGAAGUUGAAAGUGACUUAACUGUGCCAUCCUCUAGCUUUCUAUGACUCUGACACACACACACACACACACACACACACACACACACACACACACACACACCAUGUGCCCUUCAAAGCAGAAGUCCUAUUCACACUGCCUCCAAGUCUGUUGGCUUCCUGCCCUCCACAUCCCUCUCUUGUGUUACUGCCCAUUUAACGCUGGCUUUCUUCCAUGGGUUACCUAGGACACAAUCAUUUAUAGCCCCCAAAGCACCCUUCACCCCUUUAAGUGUGUAUUUUAACCAAAUGAAGUUGACAAGAAAGGCAUAUGUUGGGGCUGCAGGAUUCCUAGUGUAGUAGAAGCAUUGUAUAGAUAGAGAUGUUGAUAUAUAUGUUUGUGUAUAUAUAUAUCAAGCCAAAUUUCUGAUAGAAAAGUAUAGCUUUAUGGAUGAGAAGGAAAAGGAGCCCUCUAGAGGUUGGAGCCAGCCUCGAUGUGUCCAAUGAGCAAGACACGCCGUGCUUCACGCGCAGCUAAGGCCCCAGGACCCGGCCCUGGCCUCACCUCUGCAAAGCUGGGGGGCCCCGAAGGCUCUGCUGCUCUCUGUGGGUCCCCAGCAAUGAAGGCAUAGGAGAGUGAGGAGACAGAGAUCAUAAGGACUGGAAUUUUUCAUCCCUUUUUGCUCUGGCCACCUGUUUUGAGCUACAGCCUGAUUAUAUCACAUUUCCAAAAAGUAGUACCAUGAAGAUGGCGAGAGAGAUCUGUCACAAUGCUUAGCUUUCGACUGCCUGUGGCUUCAGGAUGCUCAGGACAGAAAGACACACUCCCCAAAACAAGAACAUGGAGAAGGAGACCUGGCAGUACCCAUCCCCAAGGCCAAGGAAUGAGGCUCCCUCCCCCAGGUCAUCUCACCUAGAUCUUUCUCCCCCAGGUCAUCUCAGCUCAGUCUUGAUAGCCUCUGGAAAGCCCUGGCCUGUCGUGUUCCUUCACUGUGUGGUUUCUGUAAUAAAGUGUUAAUCCAUGUUAACCUGUGUGGGGAUUAUCGCGUGCAACAGUAUUUUCUCGUGUACCUCUUUCUCCUCUGUGACGUGUCCCUCUUUUUUUUAUUUAUAAAUGUCUAAUUUGGUUUUUUUUUUUUAAGGACAAACCAGUGUGUCGUAGACCUCUAUGUAACCUGCUCCUUAGUCUCAUUAUAGGUAUGUUAUAAGGAUGGAUAUUUUACUUGGCUUUAGAAUGUUUUUCAAGAAAACUAAUUCUUAACUGAUGAAGUUGUUGCUACUAAAAUGCUUGUUUUCAUCAUGACGUCGUGCGCUUCUAAAUUAAUCAUCAUUUUCGUUGUAGAAAAAUGGAGUGAAUUUAUAUUAGUCUUGGAAACUAAUAAUAGCAUUGUAAAUUUAUGAGAUGAUUUUAACAGAAAAAUUAUAGAAGAAUAUAGUUAUUUUAAUUGUAAUAUUACUAACUGUAGGGUGAGGCGGGGUCCUGUUGUGGUGAACUGUUAUAGCUUGUUACUCAGUUUCUUUUUGAUCAUUUUCUCGGUCUCUGAGGUGAAGCGAGUUAUUAAUUGAAUCUGUAAACUCACAUAUGCAUAUUGUAUAUGUGUAGCGAUGUGAUCACACUGUCUUGGAAUUACAUUAAACUGUUUGGAAUCACUGAA